AUGUCGGGCUCACCUCCACCCUCACCCACGUCGCAUGCCUCGGUCCACGCCUACGCCAGCAAUGGCCUCGAAAUGCUCCAGGCCGCCAGCGAUGCCGCUCAUGCGAUAAACCAUCAGAUUAACAGCCCUCAGUCCCUCCAGCAUGCUGCCGUGGCUGCCGCUGAGGCCGUUGGUCACCACCAACACCAGACGCUCGACGCGACAUCAUCCCCGGAUGGCCUCCAACCCCACCAUGUCAUUGCUGGAGCGGUUCCCCAUGCGACGGAUAUGGCGACUCACCUCGUCCCUGGUCCUGGCGGGGUUAUGCGCGAUCCGACUAUUAAUCCCAAAUUAACCCGUCUCCGACGCGCCUGUGAUAUGUGUAGUAUGCGCAAAGUCAAGUGUGACGACUCCAACGUCCCCUGCAGACCAUGCCGAGAACUGGGUGUCGACUGUACCUUUAACCGUGAGACGAAGCGGCGAGGCCCCCCAAACAAGCAUGCUGAGGCCGCAAAGGCUGCUAAGCGUGCGCGCGCGGACUCUCAAGCCGUGGCGACAGCUGCUGCUGUGUUUGGAGCCAUGUCACCUUCACCUCAGACCGCGGCCAAGACGUUGAUGAACAUCUCGACUGAGGGUGUUCUGGACGCCGAAUCCAUCGCACCAAUGCCUGUCCUCGAACUCCUGGUUGAUGACUUCUUCACAUACAUUCACCCCCUGGCGCCGUUUCCUCAUGAGCCUACAUUCCGCCAGUCUUUUGCCAAUCGCGAAGAUCGCACCAAACCCGAGUUCCUUGGUCUGCUGGCGAGCAUGAUCUGCGCCCUCGUGGCAUCCUUUCCACGAAGCGCAAGAGAGCAUCUCAAAGCACAGCACAGCACUCACCUCUUCCCUCGGGCAAUCGUCAUGGUUGAAAAAUGCCGCGAGAUUUCGUUGCUUACACGAGGGAGCAAGUGGCCGCUCAAGCAGCCCAAGACGCUUGACGACGCUGCGACUAGCUAUUUCUUGGGCCUGGCCUCGGGAUAUACCCAUCAGUGGAACGCCUCGGGUCAAUUCAUGGCUGAAACCUUGACCCUUCUCCGCGAGCUCGGCUUCCAUCGACCCAAGCACCCCGGGGAUUUGCCUACUUUUGGUAACGACAACUGUUCACCGGACCCCCUGCCGUUUAACCACGUCAAAGACCAGAUUGGGAAGCGCAUUUUCUAUUGCCUUCUCCUUGGCGUGCGUUCCUUCUCACAACUCGGUGCUUCUUCUGCGGAUAUGGUGAUUGCGCCCUCAACCCCUAGCCUCCCAUAUCCCGCGUAUCCUGAAAAUGUGGACGACAUUUGUGUCCUCGCCAACGAAGUCAUCCAUCAGCAGGAUGGCAGCGUUACUCUUUUGACGGGCUUCCGGUUCGCUAUUGACAUUUACACCACCAUGAACGGCAUCGUCAGUCUCGAGCUGGCUUAUGGCAUGAGCACUCUUCCUUGGGCCGACCAGCGCAUCCUGCUCCGGGAUGGCCUUCUGGCGGCCAAGAGUAUCACAGAUAACCUCCCACCAGAGCUUCAGCUUGGAAACCACGGGGAUGAGGCCACCAGUUUGGACGAAGCUGGGAUGCAUUACGUGCCCCCAGCCUGGCCAAACAGUCAGCCCGCGCACGACCUGCGCAACGUGAUCAAGAAUCAACCAGCGCGGCGUCGUCACCUCCAGUACGAGAUUCAGAAGGGCAACAUCUAUGUCUCGCAACUGGCGACUCGGUCAUAUUUCGUCGAACUCUACUUUGACCUUCGCGAUGUUCAUCUUUCCGAGCAGCAGCAGGACACCAACCCCAUUGAUGGUCAGUCGGAGGAGGAAAAGGCAGCACAGGAUGCUGAUGAAAAGGAAAUCUACGAUUUCAUGUCGUCCGAGCGGGAGCUCAUUGUCCAGGGCCUCCUUACGGUUCUAGGAUCAAUUUCCCAGCGCAACAUGGAGCCAAACGGAGGCUCCCUCAUCAACAAGAUCCGCCAGGUAGCAUCGACACUCCUGAACGAUGCACCAGAGCGCAAGGGACCGUUUGCGAUCAAGUCGGAGGAAGCGCUUUCACAACUGAUCAACAUUCUCGUCAAGCUGGAAAAGACGGGCGCCACCAACGGUACGGGUCUCGAGGCGACAGACCCAAACCAAAUGACGUCGCAAGACGAGGAGGAGGAGCUACGUAACUGGGCUGAUCUCCGCGACUACCAGCUGCGGUUCGCGGCUCAUGGUGGAUUUGGCGGCAACCUGUGA